UAUGACUAUAGAAGUACCAGCCUAUUCCAUGAGAUUUACUACGAAAGUUACUAGAGGUCAAGAUCACGUGAUGACGGAACCUCCUUCAAAAGUGAUUAAGAUGUCGUCGAGUUUGGAUCAGCUGAAACAACUAACAACCGUUGUCGCCGACACGGGAGACUUUGAAGCUAUGAAAAAGUAUAAGCCGACGGAUGCAACGACGAAUCCGUCACUUCUUUUGGCAGCUUCCAAAAUGCCUCAAUACGCUAAAAUGAUUCCAGAAGCUAUAGCUUACGCUAAACAGAAAGCAAAAUCUGCGGAAGACCGUUUGGAAUUGGCAAUGGAUAGGCUAUAUGUUUUAUUCGGAUGCGAAAUUUUAAAAAUUGUUCCAGGAAGGGUUUCAACCGAGGUCGAUGCUCGCCUUUCCUUUGAUACUGAUUCUAUGGUAUCUAAAGCUCGUCGUUUCAUCGAAAUGUAUGAAGAAUGUGGAAUUAGUAAGGAAAGAGUACUCAUCAAACUAACCUCCUCUUGGGAGGGAAUUCAGGCUGGGAAGAUUUUAGAGCAACAAUACGGAAUUCAUUGCAACAUGACGCUAUUGUUUAACUUCUAUCAAGCUGUGGCUUGUGCGGAAGCCGGUGUUACCCUUAUUUCACCAUUUGUUGGAAGAAUUCUAGACUGGUAUGUAGCUCAUACAGAUAAAAAAUCCUAUGAGCCAAAUGAAGAUCCAGGAGUUAUAAGUGUAACAAAAAUUUACAACUACUAUAAGAAAUUUGGCUAUAAAACAGUUGUAAUGGGAGCUUCGUUCCGUAAUACAGGAGAAAUUACAGCCUUAGCCGGCUGCGAUUUACUCACAAUAUCGCCAGCUCUUCUAGAAAAACUCGAUGGUUCUUCCGAAGAAGUUAAAGAACAAUUGUCUGUUCAAUUAGCACGUAAAUCUGAUUAUGAUCGCGUUGAACUGACUGAAAAGAGAUUCAGGUGGGAAAUGAACGAAGAUUCUAUGGCAAACGACAAAUUGAGUGAAGGUAUCAGGAAAUUUGCUGCCGAUAGUGUAAAACUAGAGCAGAUUAUUGAACAGCAAAUGUAG